AGGCAAAGAGAGAGAGGGUGAGAGAGCAAGGAAGAGAAUGAGAGAACGAGAGAGAUGUGCAAACCAGGCAGACUUACUGAAGACAGUGUAUGUGCAGACUGGCAAGAGUAAAUGCUCUGGGCAGCAUAGCUGUUGAUCCAGCCAGAGAGAGAGAGCGAGAGAAAAGUGUGAGUGUGUGUGUGAGUGUGUGUGCACGAAAGUGAGCGAGAGUGUGUGCACGCGAGAGCGGGAGAGGGAGAGGUGAGAGAAGAAGAGAAAAGAAGGAAAAGAAAGAAGCGGGGAAGAAAAAGGAAGGAUACUACGACAACAACUAUGCUGUGCUGCAUAAGAAGAACCAAACCGGUGGAGAAAAAUGAGGAUGUGGACCAGAAAAUUGAGCAGGAUGGUACCCCUAACAAACCUGAAGACAACAAGGCCCAUAAGGCAGCGACCAAAAUACAGGCCAGCUUCCGCGGACACAUAACUCGGAAAAAGAUGAAAGAUGGAGAAGAAGAGAAGGACGGAGACAAUCCUGCUGCUGCAGAAGAAGCAACAGAGGGUGGCGAGGAGGUGAAGAAAGCAGAAGCCGAAGAAGGGAAUGCCACAGAAGAAAAGGAAAAAAAGGAAGAGGAAACGAGCCAAGCCAAAAGUCCAGUGGCAGAAAAGCCUGCUAACUCACCAGCAGCCGCUGUUCCCUCUCCUGCAGGAGCAGCAACGUCUCCUGUAGGGGCAGCACCUGCCGCUUGUCCCGCAGCAUCCUCUGAGCCCCCCAAAGAGGAGCCCAAGGCUGAGGAGAAAGCUGAAGAGAAGCCCAAAGAGGUGGAGGCUCCAGCCGCAGCAAAGAGUCCCACCACAGCCACAGUUGAGGAGAAGGCGGAGGAGAAAAAAGAGGCGGCCAGACAAGCCGAUGUGCCUGCUGCUGUCAGCCCGGCAGCUGAGAAGGAGGAGCUUGACCAAACAAAAGAUAAAGAUGCUGCAGAUGAGUCUAAAGCAGAGGACGAUACCCCAGCAGAUGCAGCGCCAGAGGCCACCGAGAGCAAGGAGGACUGAAGCAGAGUCUAACCUCCAAAUUGAAGAAUUACGAGAAAGAAGAAAAACAGAAAAACAAAAAUCUAAAAAGGUUGCUCUUUGUUUUCCCAGUACAAAGGCAGCCCAUUUUUAUUUGUUUGUCAUUUUUGUGUGGCAAUGAUUUUCUCAUGUUGGGGGAGUUUCCAGCGUGAAGUUUUUUGGCUCAAGCUAAUACUAUGAUGACGUGGUGAUGAUGUUGUUGUUGUUGAUGAUUCUGAAAUAUGAUUGUUAUGAUGAUGAGGAGGAAGAUUUGCUUUCCAGCAUCUUUUGCUAUGUAUUGUAGAGGGUUUGGCAGUGGAUUUUGAAACUCCCAACUGGAUAGGUACACAUUUUAAUAUGUACAGCAAAUAAAACUCAACUUUAUUUGCUUUACAAUGCCCUUUCUUACACAUUAAAAGAUUUAAAAAAAAUCUGUGCACGCACAAAAAAAAAGCUGGUUUUAACAUGCAAGUUUUCAUUAUCAUCCAAGUGUAUUGAAAACACAUCAAACAGGAAAUAAAAACAUAACAUGAUAAGAAUGUAUACUUAAAUGUGUCUCAUUUCCAGUUGGAGAGCUGUAUACCACAACAUAUACUGUAUGACAAUACUAUUAUUCUCACUCUGCUUGAGUCGUUCAAGCUUGAAUAACGCCACUUUUACAAACUGUCAUUACCCUCAUUUGCUGAAAAGGACCUGAUGCCAUUGAAAUGCCAUGAACGUAUAAUAAACUUUAGAAAUCCGCUGUAGUAUUAUUAUGUGAAAAUUUUUAUUCUGCCAACCAAAUAUGAGAGCAGUAGCAUGAACCAUCGAACCAGAUGCAUGAUGGGAACUCUCCCUCUGAGAGGAACUUUUUCGCAUUUACGAAAUCUUAAGAGGUGUGGCGGCUUCUUUUUGAUGUCUUUGGUGUUGUUAUGACAGUUUAUAUGAAUUGGGAAAAUACUCUUGCACAGAUGUUAAGAAAAAAAAAUACAUAAAAAAGAGAAACACACAAAUGAUCAAACAAAGAAAAAUUUCUUAUGUUUCAGUGAGUGCAAUGUCCAGUUUCAACCUAACAAAGAGUUCCAACCUGUGAGGAAAAACAUUACAAAUGGUUUCAAUGUCUGUUUUCAAAAUAAAGCAAAUGUGCCAAUUACCAA